CAUGUAUUCAUUCUGUUCGCAAUCUUGUUUUCCACUCGCAUUGAUCUUAUCUAUAUUGUCAUUUGUCACCCCUGCCUCUCUCGUCAUAUACAUCCAUGGCGCCAUACCACGUAUUCUGCUUUGAUCAACACCUCAUUCUACUCAAAUCGAUCGCAAGAUACUGAUGUCUUCUGUAUACUAAGUCACUUACCAACAACAUGCUCGACUCCCGCUCCCUUGAGGAGGCUCUAACAAUCGAUCCACGGAUAUUGACACACAGCUAUACCACCCCAACCCCUACCCCAAUCUCGUCCUCCUCCUCCGACGAUGUCGACUCCGACACCGAAAUGCCCGAUGCGCCUCCAUCUCCCUACGACGACGACGACGACGACGAAACCGUCUACGACGACGAAAUCUCCCUUAUCCAAAACCCACCCCCGGGACCCCCAAUCACCCUCCACGAACAACUCUCCUUCCUAACAUUCUCCUCCACGCCCAAACACCGCACCGCAAUUCCCCUCGCCUCAAACCUCCGCCGCCGCUCCGCCCUACCCACCGUCCCACUAUCCCCAGACCCAACACCUCUUCCCCGUCCCCCUCCCCGCCGCGCCGUCUCCUUUUCCCCCCACCCGCGCACCACCGCUAUUUCAACGUACCUCCUCCCUCCCACGCCCAUCGUCCGGCAUAAUACCACCGACGGCACAGACACAGACGCGUACGAGCCGUACGUGCCCCUAGAAAAUAUGCCCACGCCGGUGGAACGCGCGCGCAAGGAAGCGGUGCGGGCACAGAGGGAGAGAGAAAGAGAGGCCUGGGCACGGACAUGGGAUAGAGUAGACGUAGACUUAGAAGUGGGGUCCGAGCGGGGAACAGAACAGAUGGACGAGGAAGAGGAUGGGGGAUGUGCGCUCUGGGAUGAUGGUGCGCGGCGGAAGGAUUCAGGGGUUGCGGGUGCGAGGAGGGUGUUUGUGGGGAGCGAAGACGGGGUGCUUAGGGAGAAUGGGCACGGCCCGGGUGUGAGGCUGGGUGUUGUGUCUGUUGCGGACGAGGGCGAACGGAAGGGGGGAGGUCAGGAGACUGGACGUGGCUUGGGAAGGAUGUGGGAGGAAGGGGCUGAGUAUACGUUUUCAUGAGGUGCUUGGAUUGUCUGGGAUGGAAUCGUGUUUGAAUCACAUGUUUGCUUGGGCACGGGCUGUGGGAUCGAGUUGAUAUGGGACUACACGGAAGUGGGAGAGUAUCACACGGUCUCGAUGUAGGGCAUUUCGGCUUAGCUAGUAGUGCACCCCUGGUUCUCUCAUCUGGGAGAGCCAUGACCCGUGUCUACAUAUCGAUGUGGCCAAAGUAGGAUGCUGCCAACUGUAAGAGAGAGGGUCAAAAAAAGUUCCAUAUAUUGUCAUGUACUCAAAGCCGAGGAAGCAGCAGGGGAUAUAUACGACAUCUCCCAACUCCACGCUACCCUGAAAUCCUACGCUAUAAACAAAGUCUCUCUCGAUGUAGGUCUCCUCGUAUGCGUUUCUACAUCGCUCUGAUUCCUGGCUGAU